AUGGACCUCCCUCAGUGGUCAAGCAACACCUGGGAUUCAGGUUCUGUAUUCGACAUCCUCGAGAAGUCGUUCAAAACCAUCCAGCUUAAGUCGUACGACGGCACCACAGUCCAUGUGAACAAGGCCCUACUCGUCUUCUUCUCAAAGUACUACAGAGCAGCGCUCACCAGAAACUUCUCGGAAGCGAACAAAAAUAUCUUCGACGUCGAGCUGUCCGGCGAGCACCUCAAGCUCUUCACGACCUGGCUGCACAGCGGCAAGAUCGAAGAACCAGUUGCCCCAAAAGGCGUGUGUGUAUGCGAGACCUAUGUGCGUCUGUACAUCUUCGCAGAACAGACAGAAAUCCUAGCACUGCGCCGCAAAGUCAUCGGCUAUCUCGCAUCUGCACCACUGCCCAAGUACGACACGGUUGCUCUCAUCCUCGCGAAUCAGCCAGAAAGUUCUCCUUUGAGAAAGCAUGUGUUGAGAUCCUACAUCAACCACUGGACCCCCGAGGGCGAUACCGAAGAUAAUUACCUCGAGUCGGUAGAGCGAGACACCGAGGGCGUGCUUCCUGGCUUUAUGUACAAACUCUUGGUGGGCGUGGCAAACCGCGAAGAAGUUGACCCAAAACGCUGUGCUUGUUGCCACCGCCAGUGCAGAUACCAUGAGCACGAGAGUACUGAAGAGGUGAAUGAGAACUCACGCCUCUUCAAAGACACCGACGAAGACGAAUGA